AGUACACUUAGGAACGAUAAAAAUGCCAUGCACAGGUACAGGGUGGGCUUGACAGUCAUUCAUAUGAUGGGAUCUUGGAGUGUUAGAGGACUACAAGUGGAACAUGAGCCAACAAUGUGAUGCAGCAGCUGAAAGGACUAUGGGAUUUUGGGCUCCAUCCUAAGGAAUAUUGUGUCCUUCUUUCUGCUUUGGGGAGACCUCACCUGGAACAACACUGUGUCCAGUUCUGGGCACCACAAUAAAGGCUGGAACAUGCUCAGAUUCCAUUUCUGAUUCUACGUAUCAAUUGAGAAAUGGUUCUGACUGACCAACCCGUCAUCUCUAGAAAGCUUACAACUGUGGCAUGGAGGCCUUGGCCCUUUCCCUUUCAAACAACCAACAGGAAUGUAAAUCUACUUUAAAGAAUUUCUUGUUAUUCUUUUUCUUGAUCGCUCCCAUGUGAGAAGGGAAUCUUUUCUUCUUCCGCCAGGGCCCAAUCGCCUUUGAGGACGUGGCUGUGGAUUUCUCCCUGGAGGAGUGGGUUCUCCUGAAUCCGGACCAGAAAGCCUUGCACAAGCAGAUCAUGGAGGAGAUGAAUGGGAUUGUGGCCUCUCUUGGUAAACAGUGAGCUGGGCUGGAGGUCGAGCGCUCACCCCCGACCGGGCUUCGAACUGGCCACCUUUCGGUUGGUGGAUCUUAUUACUGCUGUUGAUUUACCAGUUGUGCUACAGCCCAGCCCUAAGGAACUUGUUCUUUCCACGGAGGAAUUUUUGAAGGAAAUUUACCUGCCCAGGAAAGUGGUUUUGUUGCUAGACAAUGCCUCAACACACCCUGAUGCAGAGGAGCUUCAAGAGGGGGACAUGAAGGCGAUGUUUCUGCCACCGAAUGUAACCGUCAUAUGCCAACCGAUGGAUCAGGGCGUUUUGGAAGAGCUCAAAAGGAACUAUUGCAGGAAGCUAUUCUCGGCAAGGAUAGAAGAAAUGGAAUAAGUUGAUCUCGCAAAGAUGGCGAGACUUGGCAGCGGAGAAAUGGCAAUCGCUGGAAAAGCAGUAGAUAACGGGGAGAAGAGCCAUGUAUGCACCAAGUACAGGAAGCAUUUGGGACACAACUGGGCCUUUCGUCGAGACCAGCAAGCCCACAGAGAAGAUGGAGGUUCUGCCAGAGAAAGGCCCGACAAAUGCAAUGUAUGUGGGCAGUGUUUUACCCAAAAUGUGGCACUUGUGCUUCACAAGACACUUGAUGUUGGGAAAAGCCAUCUUAAAGGGAAAGUAUCUGCAAAAUGUGUGGUGAAACACAAGAAAUUUCACACAGGUCAGGAACAAUACAGAUGCCAAGAGUGUGGGAAGUGUUUUGCUUCCAGUUCAGCCUUGGUGAGGCUCAAAAGACUCCACACAGGAGAGAAGCCAUACCAAUGUCAGGAGUGUGGGAAAUGUUUUGCUGACAGUUCAGCCUUGGUGAUGCACAAAAGAAGCCACACAGGAGAGAAGCCAUAUAAAUGCCAUGAAUGUGGAAAAUGUUUUACUCAGAGUUCAGCUCUUAACAAGCACCAGAGAACACAUACUGGCUAAAAAACAGCCAUUGUGGGUAAAUGUCUGAUUUCAAACAGGACCCUUUGAGAAGUUCUGCGUCAGAUUUGGUGGAGUCCCCGUUCUUGUCAUUUGAACCUGUAAGUUGGAGGUCUGUUCUCUGGAGCAGCAGAAAGAAAGCUCUGUGUGAAAAUCCCUCAGAGCAGUGGUUCUCAACC